AUGUCCAUCACUGGACUUUCAGUCCCGGAGAAGAUCCUCAAAAAAUCAUUUCGCCGGAGGAACGAUUCCGGCGAGCUGGACGUGUUUGAGGCUGCGCAAUAUUUCUCCGGUGCUAAUGAAGUUUCUGGUUAUAAUGGUGCAACUUUCAUGGAGAAUAUCAUAAGAGAAGAGAGACAGACAAUCAGAAACUCACUUCCUUCACAAACUUAUGCGAUGGAGAAGCAGACAUUGAAAGAGAAGAAACACAAACAACCAAGCUCUCCAGGAGGUAAACUUGCUAGUUUCUUGAAUUCUCUUUUCAAUCAAACAUCUUUGAGAAAGAAAAAAUCCAAGUCCACCACCACCACACAGUCUGUGAGGGGUGAAGAUCAAGAGAGCCCAGGUGGAAGGAGGAAAAGGAGGAGCAGCAUUAGUAAUUUCCGACUCGAUGAUGGCUCAUACCACAACCUUGAACCAUACGAUACAAAAUCCAUGAACUCGUCUUCGAUUUCUGGUUUUAGAACACCUCCACCAUAUGCACACCCUCCUACAAAAACAUGUAAGAAUCUCAGAAGCUAUUCAGAUCAUAGGCAAGUGGUCAUGUCCUUGCCAAAACACAACAAUGGACAUGUUAAGUCCACUACUACUUUACAAAAUGAGGUUGAAGAUGACAAAAACAACACAGAUCAUGCUUGGUUGGAUGAGAAAUUCAAGUUCAGUGAUGGAUUUUCUGAGAAACAUAACAAUUAUGGUAAGGGGUUUUUGAAGAAAGGUAGGACUUGGGCUGAUCAGAUUGAAACAGAGGAGAGAGAAUUUAAGAAGUUCUUCAAUGAGGUUGAUGAUGGUGGUGACAGUGAUUCAAGCUCUGAUCUGUUUGAGUUACAAAACUAUGAUUCAGAUCACUACUCAACUGGUUUGCCUGUUUAUGAGACUACCCACAUGGAAAUCAUCAAGAGAGGUGGACAACCAACAUAG